CUUCCUCUUUCUUUCUCUCUCUCUUUCCUCUCCUACUAUGCUUGAUUAGAUGCCAGUUUGUCCCAGAUUUGAGAAAGAUACAUGAAAAAUUGUCCUUGAUGAUGAGGCUUACCUUGGAAAGCAUUUCAUUCUUCGGAAUGGGUGGCAUCGGAAAUUUUGUUUCUUAUCUUCUGCGAUGGAAUAUAGAGCUGGGAGUCGUUCUGCAAUGACGAAAUCUAGUUAUUUUUUACAACAUCUCAGAAGAUGCAAAAAAAAAAUCUCAAGAGGAUUGUGCUGGUUUACCACUUGCCAUGCCAAUCUAUAAGAGAUUUUAAUGCAUAUGGUAGGGCAAUACCUUAUGUAGCAUAUGGUAGGGCAAACCUCUAUCUAUACCGAACAAGCACUAGGCGCUAUGUGCUCUUAAUUUUUUUUCCUAUGUUUGCUUCCAUGUACCAAGGUUUUAGACUUUCAUUUAGUCUUAGAAUGUGACGAAUAAUGAACUGUAUACCAAAAACCUGAAGUUCCAAGAGUGGAGGCAAAAAGGAAAGUAAAAUGUAGUUCAUUCAAGUACUUGGAUAUAUUUAUCAUCUGUACUAAAAAAAUGUGGACUCUUCUAGCCCCUUCCCUAAUUCUUGUAAAAUGUUCACACAUAGAAUUUUCACAAGUUUUCCUGCAGCUAUUGAUGUCAUUUCUUUGCCACUUAUUUUCCCUUAAGGGAUGGUGGAAGUUGUCACUUUAACAACUUCUUUGCAUUGGGAGAAGUCUUCAUCUAUAACUACAGCAUAAAAUGCUGAUGUUGGACAUCAUGCGGGUGAAAGCAAGAAAUCACCAGGACCUGCACUUUGAUGAUGCUGUCAGUUGCGCAAGAAUGCUAAGAAGGGUUGAUUUAGGGAAGGGAGAGGAGAUCUUCGCACUUGCUGCUGAUUUGAGGAAGUGAUCCAAAUGGACAUCCAAGUCAGAGAUAACCAUCAUAAAGAAGAAUAAAAUGUUAUUAAGCUAGAAACGGCAUUGGUGGUGCUUAGUCUGAAUAAAAGAUGUGCUAACAA